CUGACGUUGAAAUACAUGCUGGAGAAGCUGAAGCGCGAGUGACACUUUGUGGCGCUGGUAAAAUCACAAGAGAUAGGUUCUAGACGAUUUACGGCAGCCUCACUUGCAAUUUGUCUCCCAGCAUCUACCGAGAGCCCAAGCACCCUUCCCCCAUCGUCUCGCUCUCCCCUACUGCUCGAAGUUGCCCAUCGAUGGGCGCAUUUCUGCAGGCCGUGCUUUCCCAACUUCAGCGCGAUGGCCACGAUGGUACAGCGACGUACGGCGGGCACUCGCUGGAUGCCGAAUGGUCGAUUGGCAGCAUACCUCAAGGAGGCUACUCGCUGUCGGUGAUUCUGAGCGCGGCGAUGGACUUUAUGCGCCGACCGGAGCAGGAACAACAUGAGAUCAAGCAUCAUGAUCCCAUGCACAUUUCGGCAUCAUUUCUCGUCGCUACUAUGUGUCUACAGCUUUACACGGUUGAGAUCAAGCUCUUGAAGAAGGGGAGAGGGUUGAGCUCGCUGCAAGCAACUCUCACACAGCCGUCCUAUGAAGAUGGCAAGCCCGUCACACGCAUCCACUGCAUCAUCAUCAUGUGCAACUUCGAAGAACGCAUUAAUGACCCCACUCUAAAGCCGACUCUGCGUUUCGGCGACCCGUUCUAUCCGUCUUGUCCCAUCCCUCACAUCCGUACCUUCAAGCCAUCGAAUCGAUUUAAGGCGAAGAAGAUGAACAUGCGUGAUCGUAUGAUCGGAUAUGAUCUACCCGGCUACACAGAGCGAAUAAUGCAAGAGAAUGGGAAUUAUCAACGCGUCAGUUGGCUCGAGAUCACGAACGAAAUGAAUGACGAGCGAUUACCUGUGGGGCGAGGAGCAACCUCGCUUCCCUUUUUUGCAGACUUUGGAGACAACAUCAGCCUAUCAAUACCCGGAGAAAAUAGGGAUGCGUGGUUACCAACGCUGCAUCUCGCCAUCGAGUUCAAGCGCGCCGUGCCGUGGGACGCGCCGGUCAUGAAAGUAGGGCUCUAUUCUACCAGCCGGCAUGUCUAUCAAGGGCAGAACGAGCUCGAUGUCGAAGUCUACUCCCACCCGGACGAUGCUGAGCGUCUCGGUCUGCCGCAAGGACAGGACAGCACGAUCCUCUGCAUCUCCAGGCAGAUUGCGCUGACCCUGCCGCUGAGCGUCAAUCUGGCGCAGAAUAAGAAUAAGGAAAAGCAGUCGGGCGAUAAAGCCAAGAUGUAGACAUAAAGCACCAGAAGCUAAUCCACAUUCACCGCAGAUCUGAUCUGCGCACA